AUGAUCUUCCACUUGAGCGCUCGUCACGCUCGCCGCCUACCCGACUCUGUACUACCUUUACGUCGCACUUUCAUACAAUUACCCAAACUUGGCUCGAUCUUGUCUCUUGGAAAUGACUCGAGUCAUGGAUCCAAGGGGUUGACGCAGGAAUAUCACCAACAGAAGAUCCUGCCAUACACACGACGGCAGCUAUACAACAUCGUAUCUGAUGUCUCGUCAUACCCGAACUUUGUGCCAUUCUGUACGAAUGCCCGCAUCUUGACGACUUCCCCUAUCUUGCAGCCCAUGAGUUCGGAUAGAGCCCAGCAGCUGCCCGCGCCUUCAGUGAUGGAGGCAGAGCUCACUGUUGGCUUCAUGUCCCUGAAGGAGAGCUACGUUAGUCGUGUGACAUGCGUCCCGCACGAUUCUGUUCGGGCUGAGGCAUCAUCCAGCACGCCGCUUUUCAAAACACUAGUUACUGAAUGGCGCUUCCAACCCGCGCGCUUCCCAUCUGCUGGUUCUAUCUCUUCCGCCGGCGGUGUAUCACAGCGGGCCGACGAGGCUUUUGGCGGAACUUCAGGGACAACAAGAACACCUUUGGACCCAGACGACGACAAUGGCCCUACCAUGGUCACGCUUGAUCUGGCUUAUGCUUUCUCCAAUCCCUUGCAUGCUGCCAUAUCCGCAAGCUUUUUUGGUCAGGUAUCUGCGCUCAUGGUAGAGGCGUUCGAGAAGAGGUGCAAUGGAAUCUACGGUUCGAGGAUGUCGUAAAGGACACAGAUAUAGGAAACGUGUACUCGUCUAUCCAGGGAUCAGCAGUUCACG